AAAACAAAUUACUGUAACUUCGUUCAUCUCUAGUCACCAAUAGUUUUUGAUUUUCUGAAUGUAAUAGGUUUUUCUUUUGCCUGGACGCCCAGAUCACUAUCUUGUUCAAUAUGAACCAAUUAUCAUAAAUAAUUUUCUUUGUCAUACUGUUCAUGGGAGAAUUGGCAAAUGAAAAGGUGAAGUGUCUAUCACUGUUAGUUUUUUUGUUUUUGUUAUUUUGCCUUAGUAAUUUUUUGCGAGCUUUUCUCUCAGUUUUUUGUAGGGCCCUUUUGAUCACUGGCUGGGGGCACCCUCGCUCAAGGAGACAUGAAGUAAGUGCCUAUGCUAGUUCAAAAAAUUUUCAUGACUACUAUUGACUCGUUUGAGUCAUAAAUACUGGCUAUAAGGUAGAUUAUUUUUUAUAUAGAUAGGAUGUGAACUUUGGUAGUGCAAAAGAGAACUCUUUGCAAUAUCCUUGCAGUAGCCGGCAGUAUGUAAGAUGUUGUCUUUCAUUUCUAAUCGUACAUCAAGGAAAUUGAGGGAUUUACCCCCAAAUUGACUAGUAAAAAGCAUGUUAACAGUAUUAGUAUUGUUCAAAAAUUGUACAAAAUUAUUUAAUUCGUCGUUUGACCCCUCCCAUAUUAUCAAUACGUCGUCUACAUAACGCGAAGAAUAUUUAAUGCAUUUGAUAAAGGGAUUUUGUGUGGAAAAGAUGUAUUCUUGUUCGUACAUGGCGAGAAACACAUUUGCAUAGGUGCACAAUAUGUUCUAAGCACUCUGCCAUUGACAUCAUUUCUUUUGAUCUCCAUAAAUAGGGAUAAGUAUCAGGAUAAACCAUAUGAGACAAUUCUAAGAACAAAUUGUUGCAUUAUCUUAAAUACUUACCGGAUUGGUGCAUUUAGAUAAAUACUUAAAUGUGAAAAGGGAUUAUAGAAGAAGGAAUAGGAAUUGAGUUUAAUUUUCAUGAUGUUAUUUUUAUUCCUAUUCCCUGCUGUGCAAUCUUGGUUUGUGUGAUUAACUGCUGCAAAACAUCAUAAUUCACACCUCAUCUGCUGAAGAACCUCAUAAUACACACCUCAUCUCCUGCAGAACCUCAUAAUAUAAACCCUUAUCUGCUGCAAAACAUCAUAAUAUACACUUCAUCUGCUGCAGAACCUUAUAAUACACACCUUAUCUGCUUGAAAACAUCAUAAUACAAACCUCAUCUCCUGCAGAACCUCAUUUUAUACUCCUCAUCUGCUGCAGAACAUCAUAAUACACAUCUUACCUGCUGCAGAACCUCAUUAUACACACCUCAUCUCCUGCAGAACCUUAUAAUACACACCUUAUCUGCUUGAAAACAUCCUAAUACAUACCUCAUCUCCUGCAGAACCUCAUUAUAUACACCUCAUCUGCUGCAGAACAUCAUAAUACACAUCUUACCUGCUGCAGAACCUCAUAAUACACACCUCAUCUCCUGCAGAACCUCAUAAUAUACACCUCAUCUGCUGCAAAACAUCAUAAUAUACAACUCAUCUGCUGCAGAACCUUAUAAUACGUACAUCAGCUGCUGCAGAACCUCAUAAUAAACACUGCAGCUGCUGCAGAACACCAUAAUACACACCUCAGCUGCUGCAGUACGUAAUACAACUCAACUUCUGCAGUACACCACAUUGCAUACCUAAGUUGCUGUAGAACAUAAUACACCUCAGCUGCUGCUGCUCAAGAACAUCAUAUUACUCACUGCAGCUGCUGCAGUACAUCAUAAUACAUAUUUGUUGCAGAACCUCAUAAUAAUACAUAGUUGUUGCAGAACCUCAUAAUAAACACUUCAGUCUUUACAAAUUCUCAGGAUACACUUUAGGUAUUGAAGAACAUCAUAAUACACACCUCAUCUGCAGAAAAAUCAGAUAAUACACAACCUCAGCCACUACAGAACCUCAUAAAACACACUGCAGCUGCUGCAAAACAUCAUAAUGCAUAUCACAGUUGUUGCAUAACCUUAUAAUAAACACCUCAGUCUACAAAUAUUAAACACAUUGCAGCUGCUGCAGAACAUCAUAAUACCCACCACAGAUGUUGCAGAGACUCAUAAUAAACAAUUCAUUCUCUACAGAGCCUCAUGAUAAUCACCUAAGCUGCUUCAGAACCUCAUAAUACAUGCCUCAGCUACUGUAGAACAUCAUAACACACACCUAAGCUACUGCAGAACAUAUUAAUACACACUUAAGCCACUGAAUAACCUCAUGAUACACACCAAAGUUGCUGCAGAACCUCAUAAUAAACACCUCACCUACUGCCGAACAUCAUAGAACACACCAGUCAACUGCGAACUAUUUGUUUGCAGGCAUUUGUUAUUAAUCUAUAAACGGUGAACCAGAAGCUUCCUUUCUCAAUAGGACAUUCUGCAGAAGCUGACUGAAUGAAUAAUGUCCCCCCUACUGUAACUCCUGUUUUCUAUUUGUUUUAAUACCCCCUCCUACCAUUAGAGGGAGGCAGAGCCCUUUAUUUUUCAGCAGAGCACUCUCUGUAGUACCUUCUGCUAUGCAUUGGCUGACAUUCAGCUCUGCACCUGUUCUAUAAGUGGAUAGUCUGGUAUGCUGGAGGAUGAGGAGGAGUCCGAACUAUCAAUGAAUGUGAAAAGCUGAGGAUUGCCUUAUAACGCUGCUACACAUUGAUCCAGUCCAGAUGGCUUGCAGCAAGCUGAGAAAAGUGCAAUCAAAUGCUGCUACAUCUGCAAGCGGGCAAAGGGAAAGAGGUAGCUGAAGCAGAACGAUAAGAAGAAGAAGAAGCAGUUGCUCGGGGUUUGUGCCAGGGUCUCUCCUCACCAAACUCAUUAAAGGGUCAACACGCAAGUCCUGUCACCAUAGGAGAUCAUGCAGGAACAUCUGCAAGGAUACUGAUCUAAAAAACUUUAACCGUUCCUACUAGGAGAUCACCACCCCCAGCUCUAAGACCCUUUACAAAGCUUUAGACAUGAAUGCAUCCAGUGACCUCUUCUUCAUUCAUUCUGCCCAGUUCAAUGGGACACUAAAGUCCAAUAAGACCCUCUUACACAACAACCAGAGCAGUGAGUUCUGUGAGCAGAUCUUCAUAAAGUCUGAGGUCUUCUUGACACUAGGAAUUAUCAGCCUGCUGGAAAACAUCCUGGUCAUUCUGGCUAUCCUGAAGAACAGGAACCUCCACUCCCCCAUGUACUUUUUCCUCUGCAGCUUGGCAGUUGCGGACAUGUUGGUCAGUGUCUCCAAUGCCUUGGAAACUAUCAUCAUUGCUGUGCAGACCAAGUACCUCGACAUAGGAGACGCACUCCUCGAGCAGUUGGAUGACGUCUUUGACUCCUUAAUCUGUAUAUCUCUUGUUGCUUCGAUCUGCAGCCUCUUGGUUAUUGCCAUAGACCGAUACAUCACCAUAUUUUACGCUUUGCGUUACCACAGCAUCAUGACGGUCAAGAAAGCGUUAGCCUUGAUCAUGGUCAUCUGGGUGUCCUGCAUUAUCUGCGGUAUCGUAUUUAUUGUCUAUUCUGAGAGUAAAACGGUCAUUGUGUGUCUCAUCACCAUGUUCUUCACCAUGCUUGUUCUCAUGGCCACCAUGUACGUCCACAUGUUCCUUUUCGCGCGCCUCCAUGUGAAGAGGAUCGCUGCACUGCCAGUGGAUGGCGUGGUGCAGCAGCGGACAUGCAUGAAAGGCGCCAUCACCAUCACCAUUCUUUUGGGGGUGUUUGUCGUGUGUUGGGCGCCCUUUUUCCUCCACCUCAUCUUCAUCAUUUCCUGUCCCAACAACUCCUAUUGCGUCUGCUAUGGCUCCUACUUCAAUACGUACUUAAUCCUCAUUAUGUGCAACUCUGUCAUCGAUCCACUGAUUUAUGCUUUCCGCAGUCUGGAGAUGCGCAAAACUUUCAAAGAGAUUAUUUGCUGCUACGGGAUGAACUUUGGAAAAUGCGGUUGAGCCAAACAUAUUUCACAAUGUUCAUUCACAAAUGCGCAUUAGUUCAUGCCAUUCAUGCUCUGCUGCUGCUGUGCGUGUGCUGUAUGGGCUGGCAGGGGGCUAAUUUGAAUCAUUGAUGCAAACCUGAGGUGCGUGUCGGCUCCCAGCCCCCGAUCUGACUCCUCUCCAUUGCUGCUGUCAUUAACAUAGUCCUCAGUGGUUGUUAUUCACUGGGUCAGCACAGUUCAACACUCAAUACUGUUCUUUAUAGUAACAAAAGAAAUCUCACCAAGGGCAUUUUUACUCUUUGUCUGCAGUGCUCGUUUAUUGUAUGCAGCAAGGAAGCUCCCAGCGUAUAAGAUAAAUGAAUCUAAUUAUUCUCCAACAUAUACCUCUAUCAAAGCUCUUGAUAUUAUCUCAGAGUAUGAAUUAUUAUCCCAUAGCAUUGACUUAUUAAGUCAGGGCUACAAGAUAAUGUUUCAAGUUCUAGGAUAAUAACUCAUGGGUAUAAGAUAAUAUUUCUGUCUGUGAGAUAAUAAGUCAGGGUUAUUAAAAAAUAUAUUUUAGGCUCUUAGAUAAUAGGUCAGGACUAUGAGAUAGUAAUUCAUACUCUGAGAUAAGUUAGUGCUAUAAGGUAAUAUUUCCGGCUCUGACAUAAUAAGGCAGGGCUAUGAGUUAAUAUAUCAAGCUCUGAGAUAAUAAGUCAGGGCUGAAAGAAAGUAUUUCAGGUUCUGUCAUAUUAAGUGAGGGCUAAAAUAUAUACUCUCAGAGCCUGAAGUACUAAGAGCUAUGAGAUAACACUACAAGAGUUUAGGUUCGGUUAUGUGAUUAAUAUGUUAAGACUCCAAAAUACUUUAUCAGUAAUAUUAGAUGAUAUUCUGCUCUGAGAUAAUAACUCAGUACCAUGAUAUAAUAUUACAGGCUAAGUUGUCCAUACACAUUAAUAUCUCAGUCUUAUGAGGUAAUAUUUCAGGGCUUUGAUAUAACACAUCAUGAGAGUGUUAUGAGAUAAUAUUACAGCCUCACAGAUAAUAUAUUAGUUUAGUGAGUGCUGACAUAAUAAGUCAGUGUAUGAUGUAACACUUGACGCAAAGAGAAAGCUGUGCGAUAAUUUUUCGGGGGUCUGAUAUAAUAAAUCAGAGCAAUGACAUAGUUCAGACUGAGAUUGUCUCAUAGCUCUGAUUUUAUCACUUUAAGCAUUUAUGUAUUGUAGGAGAGUAUAAAGUAAUAUUACAUGGCUCUGAGACAGUAAGUCAGUGCUAUGAGGUAAUAAGUGAGACUGUGAGGAAAAGUUUAGGGUGUUGAUGUAAUACAUCACUAUUUUAACAAUAUAGGCUCUUAUAUAAUUUUUUCAGUGAGAUAAUAAGUCAGUGUAUGAUCUGAUAUUUCAUUGAUCAGCUACAAAUUUAAAGGGGAAUUGCCUGACAAUCUUCACUUAACUGCCAAAGUCCAAAGAGUCCAAAAUUGCUGGAGGCCCAGAACACGGAACCUGAAAGCUCUAUGGUUCCUAAGUGGCCUUUUAGAUAUUUCCAUAAUUGUUAUUCUCAUUGGAGUUGCUUAUAAUCCAGUAAAAGGGUCUGACCUUUAAACUUUAGUUUUCAAGAGGACCCUUAAAGUUUAGUUUUCACAAGUGAAACAUAAAAAAAAUAAGGAUCUACUUCUUUCUUUUUUAGGUGUAUGCUCCAACAUUCUGUUUUUUUAAGUAGUAUUGAACCCUAAGCCAAGAAUAGAUUAUGAAUGGAAGAGAACAAAUAUAAAGGGCAAAACCAAGACUUCUCUUCUUUUUCUUCCUUCUUGGCUUUGAAAUCGAAAAUUGCAUUUGGCUUCAAAACAUUCAAGUGGCGUGUGUGAAUACACCCUCAAGAUUUUCUACUCAUUCACAGCACAGUGAUACAAGAUUUACGCAUUGUUAGAGGGCUACAUACUAUAAACUCUGUAAGGCUAAGUUUCUACUUGGUUUUUUUUUGUAGCCCAAAAAAAGUAAGAAACAAAACGAAAAAACACCACAGCAUUUUCCUGUGUUUGGAUUUUUUUUCUCGUGUUAUUUCAGUCGUUUUUUGCAUUUGAGUGGAAAUUGUAUUUUUGGUCCCUUUGGUGGUUUUUUUGGUACCCAAAAUUUGUUGGGUACCAAAAAAAAAAAAAAAAAGGAUGCAGUAGUGAUGGAAAAAAAAAUGUAUUUGACAAAAUGUAUAUUUUUUUAUAACAAAAUUUUAAUUAAUUUUUAAUAGUGUGUGUUUCACUUUUUUAACUCUAUUUUUUACAUUUUGUAGGUAGUACUACUACUCCCAGCAUGGAACACACUGUUCCAUGAUGGGAAUAGUAGUACCUGUACUAAUAGACAUAUCGCCCCGGGUGUCAGUCGUGACACCAGAUGCAAUCGUCCAUAAUAUAGCAGAGAUGUGGAGCAGCUCUAUA